AUGUCUGCAACAUCGCCGUUCGGCCUCAUCCUUCCUUCAAGGCCGGUUCUCACAAAUCCUAUCGUUAUCUCUGAGACGCAGUAUGCCUUCACGUUCUCGUCUCUUCCAACAUUCUCACAUUUGGUUGUGUUCUUAUUACCCGGGAUUACCCUCCCAGAAGGCACAUUAGCUGGCGUCUACAUACAGCUCCCUGGACUGGUACCAGAAUUCAAAUUGCUUGGAGCACUAGGAACAGAAAAGCAGAGCGCUAUAUUUCGGAUCAGUGGUACUAGUCCUGCUUCCUAUGGAUCGCACAGCGGUCUGGAAUCUGUGGAGGAAGAGAUGACCGACGUAGAUGCAUCCUCGACGGCGAUCAAUGGCGCUACGGGUACCGCUACUACUGCAAGGGAAAUUACAGUUGGAAUUUCGAUCGAGCAAGCUGCGAUGAUCAUAUCACAGCUUCAAUCCCAACAAGGCUCAAACUCUGUGCCCUCCACAGCCCUCGUCUCGGCCAGAUACCAGCGGCAACGGCCAACACCGCUGUCAACGAAGGCGUUGGCGCAGCGCAUCAUCAAAAAUGCAUUCAACUUUCUUGCUAGUUUUGCCGGAACUAGUACGGCAGGGGGCCAGGAAGUCGUUCCGUUGAAAAGCUUCCAGGAUUGGUGGACCAAAUUUGAGCGAAGGGUCGAGAAUGACCCAGGGUUCUUAGAAAGAGAGGACGACACCUAA